GGCAGGCAGUAUCACAAUCCUGGAGAUAGCGACCCCAGCACUGAAGAAGAAAGAACGGAAGAAGCGAGAGCCUAGCGACACAGAGGGGGAGAUAUUUGUGUUCACAUCGAGAGAGGUUGGCCUAUAUAAAGAAGAUGCUCAACCUUCCAGACCCAACUCCAGCAGGGCCAGAUGAGGAGGCACUACCUCCUGGUGCAGAGGAAAUCAAAAGACGGUCCAGGGUCCCUGGUGUGCUCAUCACUCAGUAUGUGAAGACGGUGCCAAAGGGCUUCUCCACUCCAGAUUUCAUCCGCAAACCGUUUACGGUCACGGCCGCAGAAGGUAAAAAUGCCAUCUUCAGGGCUGUAGUAUCAGGAGACCCGACUCCAAAUGUGACAUGGGGUCGAAAUAAUGGAGACUGCGCUGAUCCAGAAAAAUUUAAGGGCCGGUAUGAUGAAAGGAACCGGGAAUAUAUUUUUGAGGUACAUGGAGUUGUUGCUGACCAUACAGAUACAUACAAAUUUUAUGCAACAAAUGAGUAUGGAAAGGCUAUGUGCACCUCCGCAUUAAAGGUGACUGAAGUUCGAUCUCUGAAUCUGAAAGCUGGCCCUGCAAAUGAUCCAGAGAAUUUCAGGACAAUGCUCAAAAAGACGACUAAGAUAAGACCAAAGAAGAAGCCAAAAAUAGUCCUAAAGGAUGGAGAGCUGGACCCGGCUAUGUGGGAAAUUUUGCUGUCUUCUCCCAGAAAAGAAUGGGAACGCAUUUGUUUUGAAUUUGGAGUGACAGACUUCCGUUUCAUAUUAAAGAAAUUGAAAGUAAUGAAGGAGGAAAGAGACAAGGAGCAAGCAAAGGUUGUUGAGCAAGUUGACAAGAUGAAACAGAUCGAAGUGAGAACUGACGGAACUGCUGAGUUUGGACUGAACAUGAAGCUGAAGAAUCCUAACAGUGAAGUGCUCUUGUAUAAGGAUGGUGUCAUGCUUGACUAUGGCACUGACGGUCAGGGUAAAUAUAACCUCGACCAAAAUGGUGACAAUUAUAAGUUCAGCAUAAAAGACCUUGGGCUAAAUGAUGGGGGUAUAUACCAGGUGGAUGUGGAAGAUUCAAAUAUAAUGUCAACUAAUUUCAAAGUCCAUGAUGUUGAGUUUUCCUCAGCUCUCAAAGACUGCAAAGCCAAGGAGGGCGAGGAUGCUGCAUUUGAGUGUGUUCUGUCUGCUCCAGUCAGUAAGAUCAUGUGGUACAAGAAUGAUGUUGCAUUGGAAGAAGGCGAGAAAUGUGAUAUCAUUGUGUCUGAAGACAAGAAGACCCACAGACUUGUGAUAAAAGACCUUGAACUGGCAGACCAAGGUAUCAUCACUGCCAUCGCGGGAACAGUGAUAAGCAAAGCCAUACUGGAGGUUGAAGAGGAUCCGAACAGACGCAAGGGCAAAGGGAGUGGUGAUGAUGAUGAGGCAGCAAGACUGGCAGCGGAGAGGGCAAGGCUGCAGAAGGAGAAGGACGACCUGGAGGCCCAGAGAAGGGCUCAGGCCGAGAGAGACGCAGCCGCAAGAGCCGGAGAUGGAUCUGGUUUGGGCGAUGGAUCUGGACUGGGAAACGGAUCAGGAGAUGGAUCUGGGAAAGAUGGUGAUGGAGGGCUGGGAUCUGACUCCCAAGGCAAAGGUGCUCUUGCAGAAGACAUGCAAGUAUCCAUGGUCCAAGGGUUAACUGACACAUAUGCAACCCGCGGUCAACCAGCAGAAUUGACUUGUACGCUAAGCGGUGAAAGAGAUGGAGUUUGGUAUAAGGAUGGGGAAGAGUUGACAAGUGGUGGCGGAGUGACCCUUGUAAGGGAUGGUGUCCAUCAUAAACUGAUCAUUCACAGUGCUAGAGAUGAUCUUUCAGGGCAAUACACUUUCGUGGCAGGAGAUGCCAAAUCAUCGGCCUCUUUGUUUGUUGGAGAUGCACCGGAAUUUGACCCUGACGACUUGCACAAGUUUUCGAAGCCAGUAAUUGUGAAAGUGGGCCAACAUGCAUCAUGGAAAAUGCCAUUCCUCCCUCAAGAGGGCCUUGAAAUCAAAUGGUUCAAAGAUGGCGCUGAACUGCAUGAUGGAGGUGGAGUAAAGAUCCACAAGGAUCCAGCACUUGCUCGGCUUCAAAUAAGAGACUGCAUUCGCAGUGAUGAGGGGAAAAUCAAAAUUCAACUAAAAAACCCAUUUGGCGUUUGUGAGGCAACUAGCAGACUCAUUGUCUUAGAUAAACCUGGGCCACCAGAGGGUCCAGUGGACAUCGUUGACAGUUCUUCCAAUCUUAUUGAACUGCAUUGGAAACCACCAAAAGACGACGGCAAUUCUCCAGUCACCAACUACAUCAUCGAGCGACAGCAAGUGGGCCAGCCCAUGUGGAAGAAAUUGGGAGAUAACGCUGCAAACAAACUGAUAUACAGAGAUCGCAAUGUCGCACAUGGCAAGAACUACAUUUAUCGCAUUUACGCCCAGAACGCGUUGGGCAUCAGCGAUGCCCUUGGAACGGAAACCAUCAUGGCAGGAAUCCUGGUCUUCCCUGGUCCACCAGCCGCACCAAAGGUGGAAAGUGCUUUUAAGAACUGCAUCAAUUUGACAUGGGAACCUCCAGAGGAAGACUUUGGGGAGCCAAUCAUUGGAUACCAGUUGGAGAAACGAAAAAAAGACUUAAACCAAUGGAUUGCUCUAAAUGCAGUGAAUGAUCCAAUUGACGCUCUGAAGAGUGCAGUAAAGGACAUAUCUGAAGGGGCUGAAUAUCAGUUCAGAGUGGCAGCCAUUAAUAUGUAUGGAGCAGGAGAACCCAGCCCACCUUCAGCAAUGGUGGCUGCAAGAAACCCAAAAAUGAAACCCCGUUUCCUGAAUCCAGAUAACUUCCUGGUCAUAAGGGCAGGAAAUGCAAUGAGAAUCAAGAUGGAUUUUGAGGGUGAGCCUCAACCUGACAUCACCUGGGUGAAAGACGAUGAGCCAGUGGCUCCAUGGGUCAACAUCAUCAAUGUCGAGGGGUGCUCUACGCUGGUCAUUCCUUCAUCAAAACGAUCAGAUUCUGGAUUCUACACCAUUACAGCCAAGAACUCCAGUGGCUCUGCUAGUUUUGAAAUUGAAGUCAGAGUCACAGAUAUGCCUAAAAAACCAGGCCCAGUGGAAUUGGAGCAAAUUAUCCACAGAAAGCUAAUCAUCAACUGGGCACCAUCUCCUGAUGAGGAGCUGGAUGACCGUCUGCACUACACGAUUGCAGAAAAAGAGUCCAACACCAGAGUUUGGCGCACCAUAGCAGACCGCCUUUUCUGUCACACCUUUACCACUAACAUACACUCUGGGAGGGAGUAUCAUUUCCGGGUAUUUGCCAAGAAUGACAUUGGUCUGUCAGAUCCAUCAGACUCGCCCACCUGGGGAGUCAACAGCUUGAAAGUUCAAGCAUCAUCAAACAAAAUGGCUGGGCUGGUGUCUUUAGAGCGGCCUCCAUCCAUCCUGGUCCCCCUGAAAGUUCACACACCACCAAAAGGCUACAAAUGCUACAUGACAUGUGCGAUCCGUGGCAGCCCGACACCACAUAUCUCCUGGUACCUGAACGACAUCUGCAUCAACAGUAAUCAAAACUACUACAUCACAAAUGCCCACGGCAUCUGUUCCAUGUACAUUCUCAGAGUUACUCACGAGGACGCUGGAGAGUACAGGGUCGUGGCCAACAACAUGUACGGCAAGGCAGAGUGUUCCACUAAGGUUUGCGUCAAAGAUUAAACACAUCACCAGUGCACCUGCAUCAGGGAAGUGUCAUGACGGCCAUUACAGAAAUUCUCUAGAGAAAUUGUGUAUUACAAAUAAAACAUUGUGUGUUUGCAAUUGCCUUUGCUGUGACAUUAGACUUAGAAUUUACUAGAAAUAUUUUUGCUCUAAUUUACUUACUUUAAUUUAUUUCAAUGAAUUAAAACAAUGGCUUUUUUGUCAAAGGGUCUACAUUAGCAUAUCAUACCACUCACAUAGCACAAAUACCACAAAUACCACUGGACACUUUACUGUAUUACUAGCAGUCCUGAGUGUCUGAGGUUCAUUUACAGCCAUCAUGUAACGAAGUCAGCAACAAAAUGCUUUGCCUGUAUACACUCACUCAUUUACUGAAAAGACUCCAAGAAGGCGACUACAGAACUCACCAUCCUGAACACUUCAAUGGUGAAUUUUCAAGGAAUAACCCAAUCCAGAUAACCCAAGUCCUGCAUUUCCCCUGCAUCACUGGGUGUGGAGUCAAGGAUGAUCCACAGAACAGGCAGUCUCUCUAGCACGUCAGAUGUAGCACGUCAUUGUUAUGUCAUAUUAAUAGCCCCCCGCCCAGCAUGGUCCCUGUCCUCUGCUGCUCCAGUAACCUGAAGAUUCCUGACUCAAUGAAUGCUUGCCUUACCCAACGCAGGACAGUUAACAGACCAAUGUGAAGUGUACAUUUUCAUUGCGCAUCCCAAAAUAUCACCCUAAGCCCAUCAAUAAAUCGUGGCCGAGGGCAACAGUAAUUGCAAUAGCAACACUCUGUAUGCAAACGUCACAUCCAAAACAGGACUGGUUUGACCAACAGAAAAGUGAUUGGAAGAUCCUUCAUAUUUGCUGUUUUAAUUGCUGGCUGAAUGUUUCCUAAAACAGCUAAAUGUAUUCUUCAAAAACAAAUGAUCAAGGGCUCAGCUCAGCAACAAAUGCCCUAUUGGCAAAUGGGUGGGCAAAGAUGGGCAAAU